AUGUUCAUCCAAACCGAGCCAACACCAAACGCCGAUGCUUUAAAGUUCAACCCCAACCAGCGCGUCCUCCCAGAGUCGAUCUCCUCUCCCUUCCUCGAAUACCUCAAUCCCCGCUCCACCCUCGCCCCACCGCACCCCUCUCCCCUCGCCGCCCAACUCCUCAACAUCGACGGCGUAACCAGCGUCUUCUUCGGUGCCGACUACAUUACCGUGACCAAGGACUCGUCCACACCUUGGAGCCACGUCAAGCCCGAGGUCUUCGCCCUCAUCAACGAAUACAUGACCUCGGGCCAGCCCAUUGUCAACACUGUUGCCGCAAAAGCCGGUGAGCAAGGUCAAGGCGGUCAAGACGCCGACAGUCUGGCAUACGACGAAAACGACGACGAAGUCAUCGGCAUGAUCAAAGAACUCCUCGACACGCGCGUCCGCCCCGCUAUCCAAGAAGACGGCGGCGACAUUGAAUUCCGCGGCUUCAACGACGGCCAGGUACUGCUUAAGCUGAGGGGUGCGUGCCGUACCUGUGAUUCUAGUACUGUGACACUGAAGAAUGGUAUUGAGAGUAUGUUGAUGCAUUACAUUGAGGAGGUCAAGGGGGUGCAGCAGGUGUUGGAUCAGGAGGAGGAGAUUGCUAUCAAGGAGUUUGCAAAGUUUGAGGAGAAGCUUAGGCAGCAGAAGGGGCCGGAAGCUGUGGCGGGUACGGUUGGGAAGGGCAGUUUGGAUUAUGUGGAGUAG